AUGGGGAACAUCUCUCCCUGGGAAAACGCCAAGCUCAAGGUGGUGGGCCCGGAGGUGCUUCAAAGGCAGCACAGGGCCGUGGUCUGGGUCCCGGGGGCUCCCGAUGAACCGGCCGCGGUCCUGGAGCGGCUGGAGAGGCAGAAUCCUGGGCACAUCACCGGGAGCUGGAAGAUUAUGGCUGAGAACGUAGGGGGCUACCAGGGAUGCAAAGGGGCCUCGGCGAUUCUGUCGAGGAAACAGGCUGCGGUGCACACAGCCAUUUCACUGAUACAAGAGCCUUGGCUCGUCCGGGGCCGUAUCAGUGGCGUGGCAGCAUGCGGGAAGUUAUUUAAGCCUCCAACAUCCGAAAAGCCCAAAGCCUGCGUAGCGGUGAAGGGCGUUGACGCUCGACUAAUCCCGCAUUUAUGUUCCAGAGAUGUGGUAGCGGUCGAGCUUAAUGUUGCCGAUUCCUUGGGAAGUAGGAAGAGGGUGGUGGUGUGCUCCGAGUAUUUUCCUCAUGACGAGGGGGCCCCGCUGCCGCCGGAACCGGUGACCAGACUGGUAGAGUACUGCCAGAGUGAGCGGCUUCCCCUGAUAGUGGGGUGCGAUGCUAACUCGCACCACACGGUUUGGGGUAGCACGGAUACCAAUGAUAGAGAUGGGAGGUUGUUGGAAUUUCUAGCGUCGACGGACCUGGAGAUUCUUAACAGAGGUAACAAGCCCACCUUUUGCACGGCGGUGAGGAGAGAGGUUCUCGAUCUUACUGUCUGUUCUAGAUGUAUAUCGAGGGAUGUGGUCGGAUGGAGGGUCUCGCGCGAACUUUCACUAUUAGACCAUAGGCAAAUCACCUUCAAGCUGGCUUGGGCCAAAGGAGGCACUGAGGAGGAACUGGAGUUCUGGGUGGAUCAUCUGCAGAGGGCUCUGGUGGAGAGCUACGAAAGGAACUGCCCAGAAAGGGCGGUUAAAAAUUCCAGGGGCAACUCCUGGUGGAAUCCCAAGCUGCAAGAGCUCAGAAGUGCGGCUUGGAGGGCCUGGAAUAGGGCCAGGAACACGGGCCGCCAGUCGGACUGGGAACUUCAUAGAAGGGCCCAGAAAGACUACAGAGACUUUGUGGUAAGGGCUAAGAAAAAGAGCUGA